ACACUAAAAUGGCGUCUGAUGCUGUUCGGCAAGAUUUCUGGCGAGAGAAACAUGUCAAAUUUUUCAGACGAUGCCUAAACGUUUUGCCAGAGCAGUAUUCAUCUUUAGAUACCAACAGAUUGACCAUUGCAUUCUUUGCUUUAUCGGGAUUAGAUGUACUUGAUGCUUUAGAUGUUAUAGAAAAAGAAAAAGAGUCCAUUAUUGACUGGAUUUAUUCUUUACAAGUUCUUCCAGAUGAUACAAAUAAGAAUAUUUCACAAUGUGGUUUUCGUGGUUGGCGGAUUGGUGCACCAUAUAACCCAUCAAAGGAAUCAUCGGUGUGUUUGGCCUAUGAUAGUGGACAUGUAGCAAUGACAUACACAGCAAUAGCAUCUUUGUUGAUAUUAGGAGAUGAUUUAAGUCGACUUAAUAAAGCAGCUAUUUUAUCAGCACUUAGAACAUUACAAUUACCAGACGGAAGUUUCUGUGCCAUUCCAGAGGGUAGUGAAAAUGACAUGAGAUUUGUAUACUGCGCAUCUUGUAUAUGUUAUAUGUUAGAUGACUGGAGUGGUAUGGAUGUAGACAUGGCUGCUACAUUUAUAAAUCAGAGUUUAUCAUAUGAAUAUGGUAUUGCACAAGGACCAGGCUUAGAAGGACAUGGUGGACCAACAUUUUGCGGAAUUGCAUCCUUAGUACUGAUGCAGCAACUAGACUCAAUAUUUACAAAUAAACAAAUAGAACGAAUAAAACGAUGGUGUAUAUUCCGACAGCAAUCUGGAUUUCAAGGAAGACCAAACAAACCAGUAGAUACUUGUUAUUCAUUCUGGGUAGGAGCAACUUUAAAGUUACUUGGUGCUUUUGAACAAAUAGAUUAUUCAUCUAAUAGAAAUUAUAUACUCUCAACUCAAGACAAUGUUACUGGUGGUUUUUCAAAAUGGCCAGACUGUCAUCCAGAUGCAUUGCAUUCCUACUUUGGUGUGUGUGGACUAUCUUUAAUGAAAGAACCAGGGUUGAACCCAAUCCAUGCUGCAGUGAAUAUCACACAAAGAGCUUCAAGCCAUCUGAGUAAGAUACAUGAACAAUGGAGGCAAGACAAAUCAUAAUAACUGUUGCUCAAGAUGAUGAAACAGAGUGUGAAGAAAGCCAUUGAACUGAAUAGCUAUGUUUAGAAAUCUUAAAUGUGACAGCAAGGUUCUUAAUAGUAUACUGUAACUGGACAAAUAUGGUUGAAUUGUGACCAAUACAUUGAUAGUUUUCCACUUAUUUAUAAGUAUGUAGUAUUCUGUAAAUUUAAACAUAUGUGUAUUAAAUAAUUCUAGUAGAUAAAAUUCUCUGACAACAAAUAUGAUAUAUCCAAUACAAGUGAAGUAAGAAAUACAGUUUCUGCUGACAAAGUUUUGUUAUUUUUUAAACUGACCAAACUUACUGCUAGAAAAACAAUACUGAGUGAUGAUUUACUCUAUUAGAAGCACAUCUCCAAUAGAAGCUCAUAUAAACCAACAAUAGAAUUGAUUGUAAAAAUGUGACUUAGUUUGACCAAAGACACUUUAUGCGCAACUAAUAGAGCAAAAUCUGUAGUUAUACAUUCAUUCUGAGAAGUACUGCACCGGGGUUUUGAAAUAGAAUUGCUGUUUCAGGGAUAGAACUUCAGUAAUCUGAGGUGUGCCCACUUUCAGUGGCUUCUAAACAAAUUGUGAAAGGCUAAUAUAAUUGUAAUUAAUAGAUGUGGCUAUACUGUAAGCACAUCUCGACAAUAUGAAUUUUGAGUUCAGGUAUGUGCUUGUUCUGGAUAUGAUUCAUCAAUAUUUAAAACAAAAUAAAUAUGUUCAAACAAAA